AUGUUAAUUAUAUUGAAAACCAUUUGGUUUGCUCCUCUAUAAUAAGAGUUAGUGAUUUCAUCUUUUGGAUCAUAAUAAACAGUAUAAAAUGUAAAUGAUAAAUUAAUGAAACAAAGAGCCAUAUUUGAAGAAAAGCUGGAAGUAAUCUUGAAAAAGUAUAUUACCAAAGUAGCUCCAAUCAAAAAGAUUAAAGCAUACAUUUAUUCUUCUUAUUUUUGUAAUAUACUUGUAAUAAGUUUGAAUAUUUAUAGGGUUAAGAAAAAUAGUGA